AUGGCGUCGCCACUGGGACGGGGAUCGGGGUCGAGUUUGGAAGACGCGGCGCGGCAGCUGGUGGACGAUUUUGUCCGUAGUGGCAUGGUGGUGGGGGUGGGGUCAGGCUUUGGCUCCUCUCUCGCUGUCACCCACCUCAUCAGCAAAAUCCAGAGUGGAUCGCUGCGAGAUAUUAUCGCCGUUCCCACCACGGCUGCCGCAGCAGCGGAGCUCGCUCAAGCAGGAGUAGUCAUGUCAACGCUCGAGGAGCAUCCCAAGCUGGAUUUCGCCUUCACAGAUGCAGACGUGGUGCAGGAGGGAACGCUCUUUUCUAUCAUUGGCCGUCGCAUCCCGACCAAACGAGGCUCAGUUCUGAAAGAGAAGGCCGUGGCACGGGCAGCUGAAACUUUCACUGUGAUUGUGCCCGAGAAGCACUUUGAGGAGGGUCUUAUUGAUGGGGAAGUGCCCGUUGAAAUCGAGCAGGAGCACUGGUUGGACAUUGCAGAGGAGAUUGACGACCUGUUCCUGGGAGAUGCAGAGGUGUGGCGGCGGCCCACCAGUGGCACAGCAGGACCGUUGGGAGGGGAGUUUCCUUUGGUCACAGAGAACGGACACUUUGUGCUGGACGUGAUCUUCACGACUCCCAUCGCUGAUAUGAGGGAUGUUGCUCGCCAGAUAGAGUCCGUGCCGGGAGUCGCAGCACACGGCAUUCUCCUCGACGAAGCGUAUGCUGCAUCUGUGGCAACAGCCGAAGGAACGGAAGCUGCUGUUCUGUCCGUCAUUCCGCAGUUUGAUUUGACAAUCAUUUUCCCCCAAGGCGCAUCUGACUCUGCACUCCACCAGAAGAACGAACGCGCUCUCGAGUGCUCUCGGCGCUGUGAAUUUCCCAAGGAAAGUGACGAGUCACGCGAGCUGGAAGACCGCCACGUGGCAGUCUCGCUGGCAUCGCUUCCAGAAGCAUCGUCACUGACGGACCCACUGCUGACGCGUCGCGAGUCCCCAACUCGCGCUGCUCGGAAGGUGCCCGUGCUCCUCGUCGUCUCCCUCUGCGCCUGCUUUCUCGCCACGCUGCUGCUGCCCCGCUCCACCCUGUUCCACCCUCGCAAUCACGACCGCCCACCCAUGCAACCGAUCGCGCUGCUACCGCCACGCAUGCAGAUACCAGCAGCCAUGCAGCCACACAUGCAGAUGCAGCCGCCACGAAUGCAAAUACCAGCAGCCAUGCAUUCCCUCCCACCAGAUAGCAGCAGCAGCAGCAGCGAGCACAGGAACAGCAGCAGCAUCGCACCUGUUCGCUUCUUUGCGUUUGGCGACUGGGGGAGAAACGGCACGUUCAACCAGUCGUUAAUCGCCACGCAGAUGGGCCUGAUCGGAGCCCGCAUGCACCCCCAGUUCGUGGUAUCCCUGGGAGACAAUUUCCUCGAGCUCGGCCUGCCAGACGUCAAUGCCCCUCAAUUCGCCCAGUCCUUCACGAAUAUCUACACCCACCGCAGCCUGCAAAUCCCCUGGUAUGCAGUCCUAGGAAACCAUGACUACUAUGGGAACGUGUUAGCUCAACUGCACCCAGCGCUGGCCAAUCGCGACCCUCGAUGGACCUGUCGCCGCAGCAUGGCCGUCUCGCUCCCCAUCUGCGCUGAGAUGGAUGACCAGGGCGUUGACCGCGUUGACUCUGGAGGAGGCCAGGGCGUUGACUGCGUUGACUUUGUGGACCUGUUUCUGUACGACUCGAUGCCACUGAUCCCGGCCUACCGCCACAAGGAGGGGCGCCGGGUGGACUGGCGGGGCCUCAACACGGGCAACUGGACCCGCCAGGAGGAGGCACAGCUGCAGGAACUGGAGGGUUGGUUGAGUAACUCGCAGGCGCGGUGGAAGGUGGUGGGGGCGCACCACCCGGUGUUCAGCUAUGGCAAGCAUGGGGACCAGCCUGAGAUGGUUGAGAGGAUCAAGCCGUUGCUGGAGAAGUACGGUGUGGACGUUUACAUCAAUGGUCACGAUCACAACAUGCAGCACAUCAAAAAGGAUGAGAGCCCCGUUCACUAUUUCACAGUGGGUGGGGGAUCCAAGGCGUGGAGAGGCGAUGCUCCCCCUGUCGCGCCAGGCCUGCAGUUCUUCUUUCCUGGCCAGGGCUUCAGUUCCCUGGAGGUCUCUAGGAACUCCCUGACUCUGAAGUUUUUUGGCGUGUUUGGAGAGCUCAUGUAUUCCACCACUCUCAACAAAUGA